AUGGAUUUACAUUUGAAAACGAUAAAAAACAGUUACCUUUUAUGGUGGUGGUUGUCCUGUUGCUGUUUGGCCAGCAGCAUACAAGGAUUAACAUUUGUAAAAAAUACACCAUCGAAACAAUUUACAUUUGAUACUAGUGACAAUAGUCAGCCACCAUCGCCACAAACGAAAGCUGUUUCCAGUGAUGCAACAGCACUAACACGUCAACUAAUAAGUGGAACUCUAACUCCCAACAUCGUGAAUACACCCUCUCAUUGUAUAUGUGUACCGGCUGGUUCCUGUCCAAAUCCCUUACCACCCCCACCCACUGAUGGUAGUGGUCAGAUCGAUAUACGUAUAGUAAAUAAUCCUGUGGUAGUCACUACUCCGCCACCAUUCACCUGUAGUUAUGGUUUAAGUGUUUGCUGCCAGGCGGGUCCCUAUCAGUGUGGUCAUCAUUAUCCUCCACCACCUGGUAGUUUACCCGCUGGUCCUGGUCAAGCUGAAUUUGGUGAAUAUCCCUGGCAGGCAGCAUUGCUAACUACCACUGAGGUAUAUUUGGGUUCUGGAGCUCUAAUAACGGCGCAACAUGUCUUGACGGUGGCUCACAAGGUGUACAAUGUGGCCAUGAACUCUUUCAAAGUACGUUUAGGAGAAUGGGAUGCAGCCGGUACUGCUGAACCUAUACCAGCUCAAGAUGUGAUGGUUUCCAAUAUUUAUAUACAUCCCAAUUUCAAUAAAGAUAAUCUACAAAAUGAUGUGGCCAUUUUAAAAUUGGCCACCCCGGUAUCGUUGACUUCGAAAUCAACCAUUGGUACCAUUUGUUUGCCCAGCAUAUCAUUUGUGGGUCAACGUUGUUAUGUAGCUGGUUGGGGUAAAAAUGAUUUUGGUCCCACUGGUGCCUAUCAGGCAAUACAACGUGAAGUAGAUGUACCGCUAAUACCCAAUGCCAAUUGUCAAGCGGCCCUGCGUAAUACACGUUUAGGUGCCACUUUUGUUCUAAACAAUUCCAGUUUUAUAUGUGCCGGUGGGGAGGCGGGUAAAGAUGCCUGUACGGGCGACGGUGGUUCACCUUUAGUUUGUCAAAGUAAUGGCAUUUGGUAUGUGGUCGGUAUGGUGGCAUGGGGUAUUGGUUGUGCCUCAGCAGGUGUACCUGGUGUUUAUGUUAAUGUUGCCACAUAUUUACCAUGGAUACAAACGAUUUUAGCUUCAUAGUCAACGAAAACAAUAACAACAACAAACCUGACCACCUCACCAUCACCACCAAUACAUCCAUUAACUAACCAUUUCAGACAUUUCAUCGCUGUGUUAUUUAUUCCCUGGAAAAUGCUAAAUGUUUAUGGUGUUUUCAUAAACUUCUAUGAACAUGGAAUGUGUGUUUUAGUAUUUUCUUUAUUAUGGACACUUUUAUUGCAAUUGUAUCGAGUGUUAAGGCAAAUAAGAACGUCGAC